AUGAUACCCAAGGCAAUUUCAAUGGAUUUUAGGCAAAUAGCCUUACUUUUAGUAUUUUUCAUAUUUUAUGUGAUAUUUGGCGGAACGGUAUUCAUGUAUUUGGAGUCGAGUCUUGAAAAUCAAAAACGACAAGAGAUUGAUGAGUUGCUCAGCGAUUUCACAGACAAAUUACAGCUAAUAAAUCAUCCAAACAUAACACAAGAUUAUAUAACAACAAUGAUUCAAAAAUUAUUGGUCGCUCAGGACAUGAAUCUGGUGGACAGUUAUGGAAAUAAGACAUCGUUUAGUAACUGGAGUUUUUUCAACUCGUUUUUCUUUGCAAUAACUGUUACCACAACCAUAGGUUAUGGUCAUCUCACGCCAUACACUGUUACAGGAAAAAUAUUUUGCAUAAUCUAUGCAUUAUUUGGUAUACCGAUGACUGGGCUAUUGAUUGGCGGAAUUGGUCAUCGAUUUAGUAUUUGUUUUUCAAAUAACAUAUCAAAAGCCAAAACUCGAUAUAAGAGGCAAAUAUCUAUACGACUAAUGAUGUUGAAGAAGGGAUUGAUAUUUUUUGUUCCCUGGUUUCUGGUUUUUCUGGUAUUACCGGCCGUAGUGUUUGCCCUAAUCGAAGACUGGACGUUCCUCGAAGGCUUCUACUAUUGCUUUGUUACACUAUCGACCAUCGGGUUCGGCGACUACGUUGCCGGCAGCUUUGAAAGGGAGUACAUAUGGAUCUAUAAGCUAGCGGUUGUACUCUGGAUUAUAUUUGGUUUGGCCUAUCUGUCGAUGAUACUCAACUUUAUUGGUCAGGGACUCCAGUCGCGCCAUCUGACCAAUGUUGUCCUAUCAAUCCGACGGAUAUCGGGUCGACCGCCGAUAAAGCGAAAGAUCAACCAAUUUCGUGGCAAAGGACGAUACAAACGUCAACAAUCGGCACCGCUGUCGUUGGUCACCGAAAACGGCAAACUUAUUACAAGCGAUAUGUCCUUAAACAGUGCGGGAUCUCCAUCACUGUCCUGUCCUUCGCCAACAUUUUCACAACAGCCAUCAUUUAAUGACGAAUCAAUUGACGAGUCUUCAUCAUCUCCUCAUCAUUUCUUUCAUAUUCUUAACAUAUUUCCAUACUUUCGUCAACCAUCACCAUCACCACAUCCAAAGAAAACUAUUAAAUUAGACGACGAUUUUCUAGCCGUCAAUACCUUAUAUACGUCUCCCCGAAGAAGUAGUUCACUUCCAGAUAUCAUUGAAAAUCGUGUCGAUAUUACCGACGAUGACGACACUGUCGAAUCGGAUGUAUUAAUCGAUGGUCAGCUCAGGCCUAAUAAUAAUAAUAGCCAUAAUUAUGUUAAGUUAGCAUUGAAUGAAAAGCGGAAAUUAUUUUUUGUUGAUUUUAAUCAUAAUCCACAACUUGAAGUCACAUCUGUUUGA